GAAAAGAAGGAGGAUGUAUGUCUCCAGAAUCAGGAGGCCCCUUGGCUGGCUCAAGCCCUAGUCCCACCCCAGGGAGCAAAGGCCUACCAGGUCAUGCUGCCAAGACUUUCCCAUCAUCCCCCAGCAAAACAGCUGGGCCCAGCCGAGCCAAGAUGUCCCUUACCGGGACCAGCAAGUCCCCAGCUUCUAUCCAGAGUUUGGCUAUGCGCUUACUAACUAUGCCAGGAUCACGUCUUCCAGUGGCCUCUCCUCCUGCUCAGCCUUCAGCAUCAACCACUGAGGAGGUCAAGCCCAAAGUUCACCGGGCUCGGAAAACAAUGUCAAAGCCCAGCAGUGUACAGGUGCCUGAAAAAAGGGUCUCAGAAAUGUUGCAUUUCCGUGUCUCGGAUGACUUGAGAAGCCUCAUAGAACCAGAAGAACCUGCGAAGCACAGGAAAUACGAUUACAUGGCAGAUGCGUUGCACAAAAGGAUUCCCCUCUCACUUCAGCGGUCAAGUCCCAGGGCUACCACAGAGAUUACAGUGACGGAAGAGAUGACGGCUCCAGCUACAGCCUCGCAGGAGGAUGGAGGCCAAGAAUGGGAGACUGAAGUGGGCGAUGACUUCAGCCUUUUCUAUGACAGCUACUCUGUGGAUGGCCACAUCGAUUCGGACAGCAAGUCUGACGUAGAUGUUACUGGAGAACAUAUGAGUGAGGAAGAGGAAGAAGAAGAGGAGGAGGAGGAAGAGGAGGAAGAAGAAGAGGAAGAAGAAGAAGAGGAAGAAGAUGAAGAUGACGAGGAAGAGUCAGGAAACAUCUCUGAUAGGAGCACUGCCUCCAGCUCCAAACGUAAAGCCCGAAAGCGUUGGCGGCACGACAGUCCAUGGAUCAAGCCAUCCCGAAAACGCAAACGCAAAGAGCCGCAUCCCACGGAAAACACAGGUCUGAAUGGGGGCCCAUCAACCACCCAGAGCGAGUAUACGGAGGUGCCUCUUGGCUGCCUGGAGCUGCCUAACGAGGUGGCACUGUCCCCCAACAAUGCCGGUGUGUCUAAUGAGACGAGUUCGCUGGAAACCGAACGCUUUGAGGAACUUCCGUUAUGUUCCUGCCGCAUGGAAGCCCCAACCAUUGAGCGGCUUAGCCAGCAGGCUGGAAAUCAAUGCAUGGCAACCGAGAGUGCUGAUGGGGAGCUCAAUGGCUGCAGCAGCAGCAUUUUGAAGCAAGAAACGAUGCGUCCCUCCAGCCGGGUUCCCCUCAUGGUCCUGUGCGAAGCCCACCGUGCCCGGAUGGUGAAGCAUCACUGCUGCCCUGGAUGUGGCUACUUCUGCACGGCGGGCACCUUUCUGGAGUGCCACCCGGACUUCCGUGUUGCUCACCGCUUCCACAAGGCCUGCGUUUCCCAACUGAAUGGUAUGAUCUUCUGUCCACAUUGUGGAGAAGAUGCUUCAGAGGCCCAGGAGAUCACCAUAGCCAAGGCGGACACCUCCACACCUGUCCCCAUCCCGCUGUCACAUGGCCAAGGCGCUUCCGAGUCCACCGGCCGGGCUGACACCACCCAACCCAGUGCUCGGAUGCGUGGGGGCUCAGGUGUUGAACACCCACCAGAUGACACGGUGGGCUUCGGGGGCCCAAGUAUUGAUAGCGCAGGACCACGGCUGACUCUUCCUAACGGGGCUGUGCUUUCAGCACAAGGAUUGCCACCAGGGGCUGGACGGGAGCAGCUAGAGCGAGCCCUGGUGGUACAGGAAUCCGAAAGGCGCAAGAAGCUGCGAUUCCAUCCGCGUCAGCUCUACCUCUCCGUUAAGCAAGGGGAACUCCAGAAAGUGGUCCUGAUGUUGUUAGACAGCUUGGACCCCAAUUUCCAGACCGAACAGCAAAGCAAGCGUUUUCCACUGCAUGCUGCAGCACAGAAGGGCUACAUGGAAAUCUGCCAUGUUUUGCUGCAGGCUGGAGCCAACAUAAAUACGGUGGACAAGUUGCGUCGGACCCCUUUAAUGGAAGCGGUUGCAAACAACCACGUGGAGUUAGCCCAUUACUUGGUCAAGAGGGGUGGUUGUGUGUACACGAAGGAGGAUGAUGGAUCCACCUGUCUUCAUCAUGCUGCCAAGAAUGGAAAUGUGGAGAUGGUCAGCUUGCUCCUUUCCACGGGACAGGUGGAUGUCAAUGCCCAGGAUAAUGGAGGUUGGACCCCCAUUAUCUGGGCUGCCGAGCAUAAGCACAUUGAGGUGAUCCGUAUGUUGCUCACCCGAGGCGCUGACGUCACCUUGACUGACAAUGAAGAGAACAUCUGUUUGCACUGGGCCUCUUUCACCGGAAGUGCGGAGAUUGCUGAAGUCUUACUAAAUGCCCAGUGUGAUCUCCAUGCGGUCAAUUUCCACGGAGACACGCCUCUGCAUAUAGCUGCCCGGGAGAGCUACCACGAUUGUGUCCUCUUGUUCCUGUCAAGGGGAGCCGACACUGAAAUACGGAACAAGGAGGGGGAUUUGCCGGUGGACCUGACCUUGGAAAACUCGGAUGUUUGGUUCGCCCUUCAACUCAAUCGCAAGAUCCGCCAAGGCAUCCUUAACCGUUCGAUGCGCACGGAGCGCAUCAUCAGCAGGGAUGUGGCUCGGGGCUACGAAAACGUGCCCAUCCCCUGUGUCAACUCGGUGGAUGAUGAACCCUGCCCAGAUGACUACAAGUACAUCUCCGAAAACUGCGAGACCUCCACCAUGAACAUCGAUCGCAAUAUCACCCACUUACAGCAUUGCACGUGCCAGGACGACUGUUCCUCCAGCAAUUGUCUCUGUGGACAGCUUAGCAUCCGCUGCUGGUAUGACAAGACUUUACCCUAUCCCAAAGGACGGACUCGUUCUCCCAACCUGAUCUAUGUCCGCUUUUCAACCAGUGGUACGGCGGAUAUCAUAGCCCCGUGGGUUCGCCUGCAGCUGUACCGAACGGCAAAAAUGGGUUGGGGGGUCCGCGCCCUUCAGACCAUCCCCCAGGGGACCUUCAUAUGCGAGUAUGUAGGAGAACUGAUUUCUGAUGCAGAGGCUGACGUAAGGGAAGAUGACUCGUACCUGUUUGAUCUGGACAAUAAGGUAAAAUUUGACUACGGGGACCGUUUCUGGGACAUCAAAAGCAAAUACUUCACCUGCCAGUGCGGUUCGGAGAAAUGCAAACACUCGGCGGAAGCGAUUGCCCUGGAACAGAGCCGCCUGGCCCGUCUGGAGGCCCACCAGGACGUGCUGCCGGACAGCAGCAGUUUCCCUGCCUCCCAGGCUUAA